AUGCAAAACAACCGCGUCGCUCAAGACCACGGCACUUUUGUGCCAGAGUCUCCCGUCAUUCUGGUCGAUGCGCCACGUCAUGAUGAAGUGUCCAUCACAGCCCGCAAGAAAGGCGUCACCAUCGGACACGGCGAUCUCAUGUUGCGCACCAUGGCAAUCGAGAAGUCCUUCUUCAACAACGGACCGCCAUUGACGGCCUCGCCGCUGACGGCGCAACUCGGCUUUCCUCUCGAAGCUGUAGCAUCACCAAUGAACGAGUCGAUCGCGUACAACUAUCCCGUGAACGAAAUGUUCGCUUCCUCCAAUCCGGAAUCGUCUGAGUUCUUGACAGACUACACUGCUUUCUACGGGGACGUCUCGCUCGUUCGUGCGGACGGCAAGGCCAUGAGUCCGCUCCAGAUUGAGGCGCUAUUGACGUACAUCAAUCAGACGCGGAAGAAGUGGUUGACGAAGACCAGACACAUGAAGGAGGGAGAGGCGAAGGAGGUUGAAAGAAAGAAGGUGAAGGCCAGACUGACGCCGGAGGCUUUCCACACGUUCUUCGAGAACUUACGGCGCCAGAUGCUGCGCGCGGGCAACCAGGCAUUCAAGAACGUGGUGUCUCCUGUCAGCAUCACUCUCAGCGAGGUUGCACCAGCAUGUGGUGCCUGCUACGCCAAAGCUGAGCCAGGCAAGCACUUGCUGACUUGCGCCAAGUCCAAGACGAGGUACUACUGCGGUCGGGCAUGUCAGAAAGAGGAUUGA